AUGACAAGCUGUGAUAUUGUGUCGGGGGAAUGCACAUUUGGAUGCGUGUCCGGAAGUCAUGGUUCGUAUUGCGAGCUUAUUUGUGACGAGCGAUGUGGUUCAUCUCGCGACGGAAUAAAAGCAUGCAGGCAAAGAGACGGGUUCUGUGUGGAAGGCUGUGAGCGUGGAUAUAGAUUUGAAGUCACCGGUUGCUUACCUGUGACUGACAAGCCUUGGGAUGAAAGCAGUGUCCUUACAGUAGGAGUUUUGGGCGGAAUAAUUGGCCUUCUCAUCAUAGCGCUUGCUGUUGCUAUCGGGUGUACCGUUCUUAUAAAAAGAAGACACGUCAUCGCUCAAAAAGACAAUUUCAAAGAAAUUAAACCUGACGAGGAGGCUAGAACUUACGAGGAGAUUCCAGAACAGACAGAUCAGCCAAAGUACCAGAAUGUCAAUACCAAUAACUAUGACAUGCUGUUUGCUAACAGUAGCUUUUGA